AUCCAUGGCUGGUAGAGAAACAACAAGUUUGUUGGUUCUGAUACUGAUUGCUUUGCCAGUUUUGGUAUUCGCAAUUCAAACUGUGAGAACUGAGCCUUCGAGGAAGGAAGAUCGGGAGUACAAGGAAGGCGAUUACAUUCCUCUCUUCGCCAACACAGCUUUUCCUAAUCAAAAUCCAUGUGAGGCAUAUUCAUAUUUUGAUUUACCAUUCUGCCCUCCUGGAGAUCCAAUACCCAACAGAAAGAAAUCGCUGGAAGAAGUUAUAGCAGGGGAUUGCUAUAUGAACACUGGGUAUGAAUUGAGGUUCAAGAAGGAAACAAAGAGGAAACUUCUUUGUGAGAAGAAUCUGAAGAGAGAAGAAGUUGCGAAAUUUAGGGAUGCCAUUGCAGCCGAUACUGUGUACGAGAUGUACUACGAUAACAUUCGCUUGAGAGAGCAAGUUGGAGUAAAUGCUACAGAUCCAUAUAUAGAAAUGCAAUGGUUUCAUCUUAUCAAUCACCUCGACUUUCAUUUCCGUUACUUAGGAAACAGAGUGAAAGAAGUAUAUGUUUUGGGUGACAUCGAUUCUGCCGUGGAUGUAACUGAUGAGGAUGCUGAAAUCAAAGUCAAUUUCACUUAUUCUGUCAUCUGGGGAGAUUUGGAAUCCAAGGAGGAGAAUCAAGACAAGGUCAGGCUCAGGGGAAUUUGCAUUCUCUUUGUUUUGGCAUAUACAGGUCACCUAUAUGUCUGCUCUAAUAAGAGCCUGUAUAUUCCACUCAUCGUGAUAUAUAGUCUCGCAUCAUGUUUAUCUGGGUACAAGGCUACUUCAUUUCACUCUGGCUUCACAACACAUGGAUGGAUAGAAUGUGUAAUUCAUUCUGGCGCCUUGUACCUUGUUCCAGUGAUCUUAGCAGGUCUUGUCGUAACUAUAUUGGCGAUAACAAUAGGCGAGGUGUUAGAUUUACCAGAAUUUGAUGAGAUAGCCUACUAUAUUAUCAUUUACUUAUUCAUUGGUAUCAGUUUCCUCACUGUGAGUGGCAUCUCUGGGCGGACUUCCCUAAAUGAAUCUGAAAUAACUUGUUCCACCAGACACUUUCAAAAUGAGAUUACAAAUCAGGCUUGGUACAUGAGGACACCUAUUCAAAUGUUCCUUGGGGGUUUUCUUCCUUUCAGCUUAAUCUUCUCCAUGAUGGAUGAUAUCUAUGCAAGCUUGUACAAUUUGAAAGUUUGUGGUGCAUUUAGUACAAUGUUUACAGCCUUCAUUUCUAUCAUUGCACUAACAGUGUUUGUGGGAAUCAUUUGUACAUGGUCUCAGCUGUACAAGCAAGAUCACCAAUGGUGGUGGAGAUCUGUCUUUCGUGGGGGAUCAGUUGCCAUUUUCAUGUUUGCGUAUGGUCUCUAUUUCUAUGCUAGAGCAAACGCCAGAAUUUCAAUGAACCUGAUAGUGUUUCUGGGCUACAAUGCUUGCAUAUUCUACGCCGUCUUCUUAAUGCUUGGAACCAUUGGCUUCUAUGCUUCGUCAAUUGGUUUCCAUUACAUGGGCCGAGUCCUAAGGAGAAGGUGACUAAAAAGCUCAAUUCUUUCUCUUGUUGACCCAAAGAGAGAUAGCACAUCAUUUUGGUUAUUUUCUUAGACUGACAGGCUUAAGGAGUCCCUCGUAAUUGUUUUGCAAUAUUUUUCUUUUUUUGGUAGAAGAACUCAACACCAUGGAUUCAAAAUCCAUGACCUCACCCACACCUACAUUGUUAUUCAUGGUCUAGGAAUUGGAUGACUGGCAUUUACCAAUCAUGUUGCAUUGAAACGCACUCGG